AUGGUUCAUAUAUUUGAUAUUCCGCGCGAGAUUCGGGACCUGAUUUAUCUUCAAUGCGUUUUGUCUGAGGGCGGCUACAUCUUGGACUUCAACAGCAACAGGCUGAGAUGUGCAGACGGCAAGCGCAUUGACCUGGCGUUCAUGCUCACUUGCAAGAAGAUUGCAAAUGAAACCAGGGGACUGGCACUUUCAUCGAACAUUCUGAACUUCGGAGCAGUCUGCCCUAGUGAGCAGGAGCAUCGCGAGGUAGCUGGUCGCUUCGGGAUAGCCCUGACAACGCUCAGCCAGAGGCGAAGCUACAAGCUCGAUCAGAUCUACCCGGAUACUCUGGACAUCCCCAAUGACAUAUGGAGGGAUAUCUCGAAAAUCGAACCGAAGCUAGCCCCAUACGUCGAACUCCUUCAGCGUAGGCCCAAUGGCUGGCGCGUUAUGGAUGGUGCAAGCCACAUGAUGCCAACUAUCAUUGAGAGACCAGAGAUUGGCUGGCCUGGAACCUGUGGAGAGACGCCGUCCGUCUUCCGCAAAUUUGCUCGUUCUGCGCUACAACUACUUUUGGCGAAUAAGGAUCGAUUCGAACCGGAAGAGUUCCGUCAAUUCGAAAGGGGGAUGCUCCCCUGGCAUGAGACCGAGCUUGCAGGCAUCGUCAGCGUCAACCCUAAUGCAUGGGAGAUCCCGACAUUGCAGAGUCUUAGUUGGUAUUUGCGCGAUAUGUGUCCCUUCACUGCUGCAGAAAUCUCAAAAAAAUGGGGAUCUCCUAACGAUGGGUUCGAUCAAAAGCUUGUCAAACAUCACUACUCAGCUGCGGCUGCUGCUAUACGAUUUUUAUGCUCUUUGCGUAGGGACUCUCGGCUAAGCAUACGAAAAAUCAUUCUCAACGAAGAUCGAGCAGCUGUUGCAUUCCCUGAAGCGCACGGCCUGGGUCUUAUUCCAUACUGCCAGGAAAACCCGCGCCUUCGCGUGGAACGCCGCGUCAGUAUGUGGAGGACAGUCUUCCAGACUCAGGUCGAUGGCCAAGCCCAGCACGCAAAACCAUACGAUUUCAACGAUGGCGCUUGGGCGGACUUGAUCUCUCGUCCUGUGGCAGUCUGGAUCCUGGAAGCCCUGGAACUCGAACCCGCCGGAAUGCCGCCUGGCGCCUUCACGUUAACCUUCGAGGGAGACCAAAAGUGCUCAGAGAUUUUCCGCACAGUCGUACAACGCGACGCUGCAUGGCAAGCCGCAGUCGACCUAUCUCUGGAAAGGCAGAUUCUCCCUCCACUGUCGUGGGUUGCGAGGAGACGAGACGGAUGGGCUCACCACACGGCAAGGGACAGCAAGUGGCACGUUCUUGAAGGCUUCCCUCAAGCGGUGCAAGACAUUGUGGCGGGUAAAUCUAUUGUCAAGUGCAACUUCGACAUGGGCGAGAUAUGGGAUGUGGAGAAACUAGUUGAAGACAGGAAAGACUGGACAAUGAGUGAUUGGGACCAACGCUGGAAACGGGGGUUCCACGUACGUUUCGACCCCGAUCCGCCGUCGCCGAAAUAUCUGCAGCUCCUCUGCGACAACACAUUCGAUACGAACGUACCAAUAGACCCUAGACAUUGA